AUGUUUACAAAUCAGAUGAAGAUGUACGAACUCUCAAUUACCGAUCCCAGAUAUAAGUACACCAAAAACAAUAUUUUUAAAAACAAAAACAAUGAUGUGAAAAUUGUGGCAACGACAAACUUCGAAAUCGGUCAAGAAAUUAAAACCUUAUGCGGUCAGACCGCAAUCAUCAAACCUGAAGACAUUAAGGAAGGUAUUAAUGACUUUUCUAUUAUGAGAUCCUUAAAAAACGGUAGGGACUUGUUGUUUCUCGGGCCUGCUGCAUACGUCAAUCAGAUUGACCCCGAAUACAAAAUGGGCCCUUCGGGGAGAAUCGAUGUGGUAUGCAAAAACCACUAA